AUGGCCGAUCCUAGAGUGGGAGAUGCGGUCGUGCCGGUGGGAGGGCCAUUGGCUUCUCACUCCAGUGACGGUGAAAAGAUCGGGACUCAUGCAAUUGAGCCCGUGAAUGGGACUCUCCACCACUAUUCCUCCGCCGAUCAGUCGCAAUCGGACUCGUCUAUGACCAACGUCAUUCGAAAUGCGAAGGCGGCUACAGAUAAAGAGCAGAAGAUGGGUCUGUUGCAGGGUAUCCGUCUGUACCCUAAGGCGGUCUUUUGGAGUAUUCUCAUCUCCACGUGCAUUGCGAUGGAGGGAUAUGAUAUCUCCCUGGUCAACAAUUUUUACGCUUUCCCGCAAUUCAACCGCAAAUACGGAACGCUGUCGACUGACGGUACCUAUCAAGUAUCGGCAGCGUGGCAAGCUGGUUUGAGUAAUGGUGCAUAUGUCGGCGAGAUUAUCGGAUUACUUAUCAACGGUUGGGCUUCCGAGCGCUUUGGAUAUCGAUACACCAUCAUGGCUUGCCUAGUCCUUGUCAGUGCAUGGACGGCAAUUUUCUUCACUGCUCAGAGUGUGCAUGCUCUGCUGGCCGCAGAGAUAUUGUGUGGUCUUCCUUGGGGUGUUUUCCAGACCCUGACCAUCACCUAUGCAUCCGAGGUGUGCCCGGUGGCCCUGCGUGGUUACCUGACAACCUAUGUCAAUUUCUGCUGGGGUCUGGGUCAGCUCAUCGGAGUCGGUGUCAUCAAGGCAAUGUUGAAACGUGCUGAUGAGUGGGCGUACCGAAUCCCCUACGGCCUGCAGUGGAUGUGGCCGUUGCCUCUCUUUGUUGGAAUCAUGCUUGCCCCCGAGUCUCCCUGGUGGUUGGUCCGAAAGGGCCGAACCCAGGACGCAAAGCAUUCACUGGAGCGGUUGACUAACAAGAAAGCUGACUCCGAUUUCGAUGCAGAUGAAACCAUCGCCAUGAUGGUUCACACGACUGCACUGGAGGCCAAGAUCACGGCAGGUGCCAGUUACUUGGACUGCUUCAAGGGUACCGACCUCCGCCGGACCGAGAUUGUCUGCGUAACCUGGGCAAUCCAGAAUCUUAGCGGUAAUUCGUUCUCCAACUACUCAACCUACUUUUUGGAGCAGGCCGGCCUGUCAUCGUCCAACUCCUACAACUUUGCCAUGGGUCAGUACGGCAUUAACAUGGUUGGCGUUUUCGGAGCAUGGUUCCUCAUGAGUAUCGGCAUAGGCCGUCGAACACUCUGUCUGUACGGCUUGUGCGGUCUCUUCCUCAUGCUUUUGAUCAUGGGAUUCCUCGGGCUUGUCCCGGAGUCGCAUAUCGAACAGGCUUCGAUGGCUACCGGGUCCCUCAUGCUGGCCUGGGCCCUUUUCUACCAGCUUACCGUCGGCACGGUCUGCUACUCGCUCGUCGCUGAGAUCUCUACCCGUCGUCUUCAAAUCAAGACUGUCGUCCUCGGUCGCUGCCUGUUCAACGUGGUCGGCAUCGUCUGUGGCGUCCUCACCCCAUACAUGCUGAACCCCACUGCAUGGAACUGGGGCAACUACACCGGCUUCUUCUGGAGUGGUAUCUGCUUCAUGUGCAUUGUUUACGCUUACUUCCGCAUCCCUGAGCCUCGCGGUCGUUCGUUUGCAGAACUUGAUCUGCUGUUCGAGCGCAAAGUCAGUGCUCGUAAAUUUGCGACCACGCGUGUUGAUGUAUUCGAUGAGACCAUCGAAACCAAUGUCAUCGACUGCUAUCGCCAUGAGAAGCAUAGCUCAGUGGCUGAACCGAGUCAAGUCGAGAAGGCUGAUCUCUCGUCUUGA